UACUCAAUUUAUGUUGUCUUUACAAACGUAAAUUCAGGUGUUAAUUUAAUUUCCUUGUUUUGUGCUAUGCUCCAGUGCUGUUCCAUUAGAAUAUGGCUAACCUAUUAUUGAGUCCAUCGGAAAAAGUAUUUAUUCUUCACGGCGUACAAGAUGAUUACCGUUCAGAUGGGCGAUCAAACAUAGAUUACAGGCCCAUGGAGCUAGAAACUGAUGUAGUCAGCCAUGCUAGUGGAUCGGCCAGGCUACGCUUAGCCAACACAGAUAUACUUGUUGGUGUAAAAACUGAAAUUUAUGUACCAAAACCUGAUAAACCAGACUUAGGAAAGAUAGAGUUUUUUGUUGAUUGCUCUGCAAAUGCAACCCCAGAAUUUGAAGGUCGGGGAGGAGAACAGCUGGCUAACAGCAUAGCAAACCUCAUGCAGCGAGCCUAUCACUCCUCACAAGCAUUUGAUCUCAAGCAACUGUCCAUCUUAGAGGGAAAGCAGUGUUGGAAGUUGUACAUUGAUGUUUUGAUUCUUGAAAGUGGUGGUAACCUGUGUGAUGCAGUCUCUCUGGCCGUCAAAGCGGCGUUGUUCAACACCAGGAUUCCCCUCGUAAAGGCAGCAUUGAUGGACGGGGGAAAUGUUGACUUGCAGCUGUCGGACGAUCCCUAUGAUAGUAAACUGUUAGACGUUGGAAGUGCACCACUCUUGGUAACAUUAUGCAAAAUCGGGGACAAAUGCGUCGUCGAUCCAUCAGCCGAAGAAGAAAGCUGCAGCGUCAUCUCUCUCGUAGUUGGAGUUUCGGGUAAUCCCCGACACUACAGCACGGAAGCCGUGGAGGCUCCCGAAGGCGGCAAGUGCACAACUAUAGCCAUGAACGGCCCGGGCAGCGUGGCGCCGAAGACGCUCAAGGAUGCCAUCAACCAAGGAAUAAUUGCUGCGAAAUCUCUAGAUGAAGCUUUAGGUGACGCACUUCUACGAGAACGAAAGGAAACUGUCGGCUUAAAAAAGCAUUCCUAUGGAUUUCUCAAAUAAAAUCUUAAUUAUAAUAGGUUUUUUAAAAAACUUUUUUUGUCCCAUAAUACCUUUAUUUAAUUAAGUAUACAUUCAGAUACAUUGUCGUAAUCUAUAAUUAACAUUAACCCUUAACAAUAGCAUCACACUUUAGAUAUCACAUCCAUUCCUGUCUAGUACGUGGGCCAUACUGAAAGGUUCUGGAUUUUUUCUAAGUGGCCAAUCCAGGAAUUUUCAGUAUGCCCUAAGUAUAGUAGGCCAUGCCAGUCUUUUCUUCCCUCACAUCCAAAUCUAGUUCAUUAACAGCAAAGUAGUUAUAGUAAUCUAUAGUGCGUAGUUGCUAUAGCAUUCGACACACCAAGUGAUUACAUAUUUUAGAUAAUUCCAGAACUAUGACUGUAUGAACAUCAAAGAGAAGAUGACUGAAUUGGGGGAAUAUCAAAACAAUAAAUCCAAUAUGUAUAAUCAUAUUUUAACAGUAAAGAAAAAUAAGGAGUACCUAACUUCUCUUACAAAUCAAAAGUAAUUAAAUAAAAA